AUGGAUCCCAACACCAAGCUCAUCCUCGAUGAACUCCGAUCCGUGCAGUCGAACCUCACCGCCCGCAUGGAUUUCGUGGAGAACUCCGUCGGCAAGCGCGUCGCCUCUCCGGACGACACCGUCAAGGCGUUCGACACUUGGCGCCCGAAGCUGGAUGCGACCGUGGAGGAAUUGCGUGCUGAGGUGCACGUGAUUCGGAAGACGGACGAGAAGGUGGAGACGUUGCGGGAAGAGAUGACCGCUCUACGCAAGUUCGUGAGCCACUCCGUCCUCAACGCCGCGCCGGCCAUGCCAACCGGUGUCCUGUCACCGCCUCCAAAGGUGUCCACGGCGAUGAUUCCCGCCAGUUGGACCAAAUUCAGCCCGAUAGGGCACCGUGAGGAAUCAGGCCACCAGGGAUUUGAGUAUCCAACUCAGUCCCCAGUUAAGGGUACGCUCACUCCACCCAAUCCUGACCCUAAACCCAAGCUCCUUCGCUGUUACUCUGGAUCAGCUCUCAUGGCGGGUGUUCCCAGUGGAUCGGGUGGGGGUGAUGGCUUUCCGCGUCGCACUUGGCAUGGGAAUGGGGUUCCUGAUGGCAAUUGGCAUAGGGAGGGAACUCACGAACACAUACCCAAAAUGAAUUUCCCACCAUUUGAUGCCGAGAACCCAAAAUUGUGGCUAGGCAGCAGCAUCGGCACGGGCGCACGAAAGGGCAGUGGUCCAGCACGGGAAUGGAGGAACGAUGCUCUAGGCGCAGCGGCGGCACGUGCACGUGAGGAGGAAAAAGGCGUGGGCCAGGGCACACACUGUGGCCACGCGCGGCCGCGACAGGAUGAUGAUGCACCACAGUGCGUGGCUAUUUCUAUGGCAGCAUCUGGUAAUGCUCGACCUGCUCGUGCUAUUCAGUUUUUGGGCACUGUGCGGGGACAUCAGGCUCGGAUUUUGGUGGACUCCGGUAGCACUCACACUUUUGUCAGUCAAUCUCUGGCCUCUCAGUUAUCUGGAGUUUCUACUUUCAGUCCUGCUCUCCAUGUUAUAGUGGCUUAUGGCUCUCAGUUGCUCUGUUGUUCCCAUAUUGAACGGUUGUCUUGGUCGGUUCAGCAAUGUGAAUUUGUCUCUGCAGCCAAGAUUUUACCUCUAACAUCUUAUGAGUUGAUUGUUGGAAUGGACUGGCUGGCUUCUUGCAGUCCAAUGCAAGUGGAUUGGCACCACAAAUGGCUUUUAAUUCCUUAUGGUCAAGGCCACCGUUUCUUGCAAGGUGAGCUGAUGAUUCUACCUACUGGUUCUGUCAUUCAGCAUCUGAACCGCGCUAAACAGCGUAUGAAGAAGCAAGCUGAUGAGCACCGGUCAGAACGUCAGUUCCAGAUUGGUGAUAUGGUCUUCGUCAAGAUCCAGCCAUACGUGCAAUCAUCCUUAGCACAGCGCAGUAAUCAGAAACUUGCAUUCAAAUUCUUUGGACCCUAUCGUAUUCUGGCUCGAGUGGGAUCCGUGGCUUACAGGCUUGAGCUUCCGGCUUCUUCUUCGGUGCACCCGGUGUUCCAUGUUUCACAGCUUAAGAAGUCGGUGGGAGCUCACCAUUCUGUCACCCAUCAUCCGCCUUCUGAUGCAGUACUCUGGAGUGUUUCCGAGCAAAUUCUUUAG